CAGCCAUGCUCCCUUCCCGGCCUCUGCUGCACGCUGCACUGUUUGCACUCACAGCCCUUCAGGCCCUUGCCUCCGACACCUUCAUUGCAGCCGUCUACGAACAUGCGGUCAUCCUGCCAGACGCCACUGGCAAGCCCGUUUCUCCUGACGAUGCUUUGGCCCUGAUGAACAAAAACAUGGAUGUCUUGGAAGGGGCCAUCAAGGAAGCCGCCCGGCAGGGUGCCCACAUCAUUGUGACUCCUGAAGACGGCAUUUACGGCUGGCUUUUCACAAGAGAAACCAUCUACCCCUACCUGGAGGAUAUCCCUGAUCCGGUGGUGAACUGGAUUCCCUGCACCGACCCCACAAGAUUUGCUCCAGCACCAGUGCAGGAACGACUCAGCUGCAUGGCCAGGAAUAACUCCAUCUAUGUGGUUGCAAACAUCGGGGACAAGAAGCCGUGUAACUCCAGUGAUCCCAGCUGCCCCAGCGAUGGUCGCUAUCAGUAUAACACUGAUGUCGUCUUUGACCCGGAGGGGAAACUGGUGGCUCGUUACCACAAGUAUAACCUAUUUAGAAGAGAAACUCAGUUUAAUUACCCUAAAGAGCCAGAAGCUGUCACCUUUGAGACCCCCUUUGGGAAGUUUGGCAUCUUCACGUGCUUCGACAUCCUUUUCCGGGAGCCUGCCGUGGUCCUGGUGAGCGAGUUGCAGGUGGACUCCGUGCUCUUCCCAACGGCUUGGAUGAACGUCCUGCCAUUUCUGACUGCGGUUGAGUUUCACUCUGCCUGGGCUAUGGGCAUGGGAGUCAAUUUGCUUUCAGCAAAUACUCACAACAUCAACUUGGCAAUGACAGGCAGCGGGCUAUUCACACCGGAGGGACCUGCCACCUACCAUUACGACAGUGCGACUGAGGAGGGAUGUCUCCUGCUAGCAGAGCUGAGCGCACGCCCCCGUCUUUCUCCCACCUACCCCCCUGCCGUCAACUGGAGCUCCUUUGCCACAAGCAUCAAGAAAUUUCCACGAGAAAAAGACACUUUUUCGGGAGCUGUCCGGCGGGAUAUAUUCACUUUCAGUGAACUCAGGCACAAAGCUGGAAAUUACACGGUCUGCCAAGGAGACCUCUGCUGUCAUUUGGUCUAUCGGAUGGCAAACAAGAGCAAAGAUGAAGUUUAUGUCCUGGGUGCAUUUGAUGGGCUUCACGGUUCUCUGAUAAAAUACCAUUGGCAGGUAAUUGGUUUUGUAGGGGUGAGUGUGGGUUGUAUAUGCCUACAUCCCAACCAUCCCAAAACUUGUUUGUUCCUGCAUUGUGAGAACUUUUCUUACAAUCAAAUCCAGCUCUUGACUGUUGAAAGCUUAGUGGUAUUUUGCCUUUCUGUACCCUCCUCCCCGCAGAUAUGCACGCUGCUCAAGUGCAAGAGUGCAGACCUGAACACGUGCGGGCAGCCGGUGGAGACUGCGCAGACCAAGUUUGAGAUGUUCUCCCUCAGUGGCACGUUUGGCACUAACUACGUCUUUCCAGAAGUCUUGUACAGCAGGGUGCAGCUGGCCCCCGGGGAGUUUGAGGUGCUACGUGAUGGACGUUUGAAAAGUAAGCAUGGCACAUCGAAACCGCUCAUAACAGCGACGCUUUUUGGAAGGCUUUAUGAAAAGGACCUGCCGCAUCCCCUGCGAACUUCCCCAUAA